GCGCCAUUCCUCUCGGCCGGCCGGAGAAGAGAGAAAGAGAGAAAGAGACGGAGCGCGCGCGCGCGCGUGUCCCCCGUCGGCUGACCCGAACGGCGCGCCGCAGACCAUUCGAGACUUCAUUCGGAGGCGCAAAGAGUCCGGCGGUCUACUCGCGCGCGUUACUUUUCCGAUAAGUUAAAGCCGCGGAGAGUAGGUGCGUGCGUGACUCUUUCGGGCACGUCGCGCCGGCCGUCUUGGGAACUCGGGGAAGGAGGCGAGACGCGCGCGAGACGACGCGAAGAAAGCAGACGACACGCGCGCGACGAGAGAGAGCAGACGACGGCGACGGUGGUGGAGCGCGCGUGAAAGACGACGAGGACGAAACGGAAAGACGCACGCGUUUUCCCCCCUUCCCCGGCAAGUUCGGUGUAGCGGAGCUGUGUGCGGACGCGCGAUUGUUAAUCCCGGUGACUCGUAGUCGUCAACGUCAUCAUCCCCUGCAACGAGAGGUGAGACCGCAAUAAGCGACAACGGCGGCCGGGCGAAUCCGGCGAGGGGGCGAGCGGACGAAGACGACGAACGCGCAGAGAGAGCGAGAGUCGCGCCCCGCGCGCGCGGCACCGACAUCGCGAAUGACGAAGAUGCAGCAGCAGCAGCAGCCGGCGCAGGCGGCGGCGGCGGCAGCGGCGACGACGGCGCCGCAGAUCGCGCACGAGGAGCACAUCCUCGAGGCGAUCGAUCAACUCCGUCGGCGUAAAGCGCGCCCCGACGCCGACCGCAUAUGCAACUACCUGCUUCGCAACUAUGCGGUGGACGCGCGCGACACGAUCGCCGAUCUUCAUCAGCUGAUCGAGGUCGAGAAGGUGAUCCAGGUCGACUAUAAGGGCAAUACCAGCUACCGCAAUGCGAAAAAGUGGACGCGGCUGCAGCUCUUCAAGAACCGGCCGGAGGGCUUCCUCAAGGAGAAGCUCAAUUCGGGCAUGGUGUCGAGCGCGGUCGCCGAGCUCGUCGUCGAGGAGCCCGACUAUCUCGACCAGGGCGUCCCCGCCGGCCGGCUGAUUCAACAGCUUCUCGAAGGCGUCUCGAGCCCGACGUCGCGCCGCGUGGUCGAGGAGUUUCUUGGCCGCGAGGUCGCGAGCGGCAAUCUCGCGCGCCUGUCCAACGGCAAUUACUCGCUGGUAGCGACGCCCGACAUGACAACGGACGCGGCGACACAUUCGCGACGCGCCGGUGGCGGCGGCGGCGACUCGCAGCAGCCGUCCUCCUCCGCGGCGGCAGCAGCCGCCGCCUGCGCCUUGGAGAACGGCAACGUGACACAGCGGCGUGUCGGUAAGGAGGGUGCUGCCAACGGCACCGUCAUCACCAAUGGUUUAACGGGGGCGAAGGCGACCAAAGCGGCUAAGGCAGCAGCAGCAGCGGCGGCGGCGGCGGCGGCCGCCGCUGCAACGACAACCACGUCUACGCCGACGGCGGAGCUCUACGAGUUCAACGAGACGGAUAACCUUACCGACACUACGUCCAAUACGUCGCGAUCGUCCUCGCGUCAGGCCAACGAUAGUCCGAAGCUGGAUCAGCAGCAGCAGCAGGAUUGCAUCAAAAAGGAAGAAUGCUACGAGGUCAAGAGCGACGUGGAGCGCGGCGGCAGCGCGUCCCCGUCAAAUGUCGUCGAAGUGACGUGCAACGGUGUCGACGGUGGCCAGCCUCCAGAGGUACCGACGUCGACGUCCGAGGAGAACGGCGUCAAGGAGUCAAAGAGCAAUGAUGCUCAGAAGGGGACUAACCCUAAAAGAACCACCAAGGCCGAGCGUAAGCAGCGUCUAUUUGCGAGAACGGAUGACCGUAUGGAUAUUGAGAUUAAGUUCGAAGACUAUCAGCAUACCGUAAAAGAGCGGGAGAAGCGCGAGGAGACUGGGCAACGAUCCAGCGAGGAUCGCGAGGACGAGGACGCCGGCAGGAGCUCGUCGACGAACACAUCUCCGAUUCCGCCUAACGUGAACACUGGUGGAUUCCGCAGCGCCAGGAGGAAGAGAGCCAGAAAAGUGUUUGAUCCUUCAGACAAUAAUUUAGUGAAGCGUAAACGAGGAAGACCAGUUAAUAAAAAUUCGUUGAUACAAGACUCUCAGGAGUCUAAAUCAACUGUCAAGGAUGGACCGUUCAGACAAUGCAGCCUUUGUGCCAAAGACAAACAAGAGUCUCUCGUAGCUUGUAGGGACUGUACCGUCCGAGCACAUCCAAGUUGCAUUUACAGUCCGGAAGAACUGCUACAAAAAGCCAAUAGCAAUUGGCAAUGCGAGCGUUGUAAAACUUGCACGGUAUGCUGCGAGACUUCCGAUGUUGGUCCACUAGUAACUUGUCAUAACUGCGAUGAUGCUUAUCACUAUUUCUGUCAUUCGACUCGCAUCACGAUAAAAUCGAACUCCAGGUGGUAUUGCAACGAGUGCGCGCAGAAGCAACAGACGAAUGAUGUAAAACGAUUGACAGUCAAAAACUCAGAUGUCAGAACACUCAUUCAAUCGGAACAAACAAACCGAACACAAGAUGAACGAUGCAAAACGAAUGACAAUCAGAACACUCAUGUGGUCAAUGGAACAAGCAGGCCGGACAGCCCGUCCAGUACAACUAUUUUACCGCCGGUUUUAAGUCCACAGGUCUCUCCUUCGAGGGGUUCUUCCGAGCAGAUGGAUGACGAUGGUCCCAAAGGGCCCAUUGAUCUCAAUAUUCCUGAUGCAAGGAAUUGGACUUCCGAGCAGGUGUAUCAAUAUUUUGCUAGAUUAUUCCCCAAAGAAGCCGAAGUUUUUCGACAGCAGGAGAUAGACGGUCACGCGCUUCUAAUGAUGAGUCGAAAAGAUGUCGUGUGCGGACUUAACUUGCUUCUAGGUCCUGCCUUGAAGAUAUACCGACAUGUUUUGAAACUUCAGUUUCGUAGAGAUGAUCCUGAGUUGUAUUGGCAAUAAUAUAGACGAAUUUUUCAUAAAAUCGAUCUCCAUUAUAUUGUGCGCGGAAUCGAAAAUUUAAUUUACGAAAUUUAUACUUUAUAAAUUAAAUCUUAUAGAUCGCGACAAAGUUCUAGUUUGUAGACAAUCUCCGCGUUGUACAUACAAAGUGUAUCGCUAAAGAUCUCUGACGAGUAAUAAGGAUGUCCUACAUGUAACGUGCUCGUUAAUAACGAGGCUGCUGAAUAUUUGAAGCGGACUUUUGGUUUACCGUUGAAUCCCGCAUUAGAGGUAUUAGCAUAUAUCUCUGAAAAAGCGACGAUCCCAAACUAUUGGCAAUAAUAUAGAUGAUAUAUUGCAUAAGUUUUAUCUUGGCGACAGUGUACAUGUGAUUUAUACAAAUUAAGCCUUUUUGUAGAAUAAGAACGAUUCGACUUCAAGACACGCUCCUCAGCAUUGUACAGAUUAUGAAAUAUACACGAAAUGUAUUACUAAGACCUCCCGCGAUUUGUCGCAAGCCAAACCGAUGAUGUACAUGUAGAUGUAUGUACAUGUACGAUUGCGUAAUUCAAUGUACAUACCCAUUCCGCCUUUUUCAUGCGCGGUAUUUUAUAGAAAAAAAGGAGCAGAGGAUUUCUAUCUCCAAACUGUUACUUGUUAACGUUAAAUUUAAACCUGUAUCGAAAGUUCUACAUGCUGUUCUGACAAAUAGAAAAACAAUUGGACAUGUAAAACGAAAAAAAAAUUAACUUUUUGUGUGACGUAAAUUGUUUAUUUCCACAAGUUACAAUCUGUAGAAGUAACAUUCAUUUGUAGAACGUAGUUAUAUAAGAUACUAGUUAAGGAACACGAUACUUUGGUUUUACAUGUACUUUUCUAUAUUAUGCAAUAAAUAUUUUGAUAUUUAUAAA